CGUCAGAUCAGCGCGUUGUAACGUUGCUGAGUUGUCAGUUCCGCUGCUUCGGUCGUCUCCCCAUCUGGAUUCAACUUUCCGAAUUGCCUCAUAAUCGUCUCAAUAUAUACGCGCAAUAUGGCAGAGACGUCAAAGGAAUCGACCUCGCCGAAGGCAGCCGCUGCUUCAUCGCCUCCAGCUGAGGCAACCCCUGCACCUGCAGAGGAGACUUCUACUGAACCACCCACUGCAGAGAACCACGCCGAACCUGCUGAAGAUUUCCAUAACCCUGAUCAUUGGGCCAACUUGAACGAGGGCGAUGAGCCAGGAGAGGAUGACGCUGAUUCAGCGGUCGGAGAUGAUGCUGCUAGCUCAACUGAGUCAAUUUCUUCGAGCAUCCUUCAUUACCGCACGAUUCACGGGAGGACGUAUCACUCUGAGCGGGGAAAUGCCGAGUAUUGGACGCCGAACGAUGAGCAUCAUAAUGAGUCCAUGGAUAUCAAUCACCACCUCCUGUGUCUGUCGCUAGAGGGAAAACUCCAUCUAGCUCCUCUCAAGGAUGACAUUCAGAGAGUCCUAGAUAUCGGGACCGGGACUGGUAUUUGGGCUAUCGAUUUCGCAGAUGAGUAUCCCAAUGCCGAAGUCGUCGGAACGGACAUCUCUCCCAUCCAACCUGACUGGGUCCCACCCAAUCUCAAGUUCGAAAUCGAAGACUGUACCCAAGAGUGGACCUACAACCCCAACUCUUUCGAUUACGUCCAUAUGCGCUAUAUGUAUGGAAGUAUAAGCGACUGGUCCGCCCUGUUCAAAGAGGCAUUCCGCGUCUGCAAGCCCGGCGGGUGGGUUGAGAGCUAUGAAGCCUCCCCUCGAAUGGAAAGCGACGAUGGCACUGUAACUGAAACCUGUGCUAUCAACGAAUGGGGCAAGUUCUUUAUCGAAGGCGGCAAAAAGCUAAAUCGCACUUUUGAGAUCAUUGAUAAGGAUUUGCAGCAGAAGGGGAUGGAGGAAGCAGGUUUUGUUGACGUCAAAGUUUGGGAUUUCAAGGCACCUAUUGGAGGCUGGCCCCAGGACCCUCGGCUCAAGCAAAUUGGACAGUUUGCUCAGGCUGCGCUUGAGCAGGACUACGAGGGUUAUGUUCUGUAUAUGGCUAAUAUGGUUCUUGGCUGGACUAAGGAGGAAGUCUCUGUGUACUGCGCUCAAUUGCGACGCGAGAUUCGAUCUGGAAAGUUUCAUCCUUUCUAUCGUCAGAGGGUUGUCUACGCAAGGAAGCCCGAAUAGAUAUGAAGUCGCAGAUUGGGAGACUUUCCAUUUUGACCAAAGAAUUGCGGAAUUAAUUGAGAGCUCGGCAGCCGUGUGUUCGCAUUGCUUCUGGGGUAUUCAGACCUGUCGUGAGAGUUUGACUGGCGUUGCCACAGGCUUCAUGAUUCUUCCCUCAUGCCAAUGAAAAAUGUCGGAAUUAAAUCACAUCAUGAUGCAACCGACGGCUUUGACAUGUGCACACUCUAAUGCAAUUCACAAGCUUUCUGAAAUAUAUUAACCUCGGGAUCUGUGACAGUCUUGGCU